AUGUCAGGAGCCCCUACGAUUCUCCCCCUUAUUGCAGACUCACAGAAGCAUGUAGUCAAUCCUGCUAACCCAGAUACCCGGACUCAUGCUUCUAUCGCCACCAUAAAAGUCGCAAAUUCCAUUCCAUUGGUGGUGUCUAAUGCUAAUGGUACCUCUUCCCUUGUGGUUGGGGAGGGCUAUCUAUCUCUCUCUCAUUCCCUACAUCUGGAUUCUGACAUCCUCACAAGAAAGACAAUUGAUUGUGGUACUCGAUGGGGCAAACUCUACUACUUGGACUGGGCACCGGAUAGUGAGAUCAAGGUUGGUCAAGCUUUCACAACUAGUGGAACUCGUUCUAAGGGAGAGAGAGAGAGAGAGAAAGUUUGGUUAUGGCAUAAACGUCUUGAGCAUGCCUCGCUCGGUUAUGUUAAGAAGUUGUUUCCAUCAUUAUUUUCCAGUCUUGAUGUUUCUAGCUUCUAG